GCAUCUACCGGGUACCGCUCAAUUAUGAGCUGUAGAUUCCCUCUCAAAACGACUUGGCUUAUUGUAUGGUGUGCGACACAUGCGCUGUUCUUUUCUUCUCUCUGAUAGGUGGAGGCGUGGAGCCGUUGCACAGGCGCACAGUGAUGCCUGUGGUGCGGGGUGAUGGCGCUUCGUUCGCUUCUUAUUCGGAUGCUGAGGAGGAGGAGGAGACUUGCGAGUCAACGUGCUCCGGCUCUCAAAUGAGCUUGCACCUCUCCGUCCCCAUGCUCGCCGAUCUGCUGCUCCCGCCUCUGCAGAUGAGCUGCGGAGCUGAGCUUCUCUUGGCUGCCACAAGCGGCAAGGCAACGGCAGAUGAUAAAAAUAAGCAAGCGGGAACUGGUGGUCAGGAGGCUACGGGCUACAGUCAAGUCAAAGUUCAUUGUGUGGAACUGAGGAUGUCUUGAGUCCUGACAUUGCCAUCUACGGAGCAGAUUUUAACUAAAUCACCAGAAUGAAUUUUGUCGCGUGUAAUUGUGAAACGAAUCUUGUACUGAAUAUGAUCGUGCUGGCUACUUGUGACUACCGGAGUCAAGUCCGGGGUGAUACGUUGAACCUGUGUGUGACUAUUCUGAUCAAAACUUGUCUAUGGAUCUGUCGCUAUUUGAUACUAUCAAAUAUGAUUAUAUGAGAAUGCGUGGCAGGGUUAAUAUGA